AUGAAUUCUUUAAUUUACAUAUUUCUAUUUACCUUGGUCGCAUUAUUACAAACAUCAGUAAAUUCAACUACAACAACAACACUAUAUGUCAAUUUAAAUUCAACAAGUACUAGUGUUGAUUGUGGUAUCGAUAUCACAGUUGCAAAUGCAUGUCCAGAUUUACAAAGCGCAUUGACAUCUUUCACUAAAAGCGGUGUUAUUGGUCCAUUGAUCAUUUUAUUGGCAGGUGGUGUCUAUACUGGACCAGGUAAUGCCAACAUUCAGGUGUACAACCAAACCAUCACCAUUGAUUCUGCCGAUCCUCAAGGCCCAACACCAGUGGCAUUUAACUUGACCACUGCAGGUGCUCCCUACUUUAUCCAAAUUGCACCACCUGCCAAUACCUUGGCAUCGCAGUACGACUCGACCUUUGUCACUUUGACGCACACCUAUGUCACCGACCUCAAGCUUGGCGUUGAUCAGCCUGGUGGCGUCAUUUUUGCCAAUGUCACAUCUGGCAUUGUUGGCAUCUCUCUUGUCAACGAUAACUUUUACAAUAUUAGCUCAAUCGACAUCAUCAACGUUAUAACACCACCCAAUCCUCCAAAUGUCACCAUCACUGAUUGCGAAUUUAGAGAUCUCCAAGCCGGCCAUGCCAUUAUUUCGCUUGUCGGUGCCUCGCUCGCCUUGUCCAAUUCGGUCUUUACGACAAGCUCUGCCCUCUACUUUGUAGCACUCGGUGAGCAAAGUAUUGGCUAUUUCGACAGCAACAACUACGCAUACAAUAGCUUUGUCAACAACAAUGGCGCCAUCAUCUACGUGACCGAAUCAUUUGGCAGCUAUCUCGAAGGCGAAAGAUUCGAAUACAACUAUAUUGGCAAUGGCGCCCUUUUCCAGGUGUACAAUGCAUGGGUUCAAACAGACUCGCUCUUCUUUAUCAACAACAACUCGACGGCCAUUGCAGUAUCUGGUCAGUAUGCUUCCCUAAACAUGACAUACACCAAGAUAUUUUUCAACUUUGGGUCUGUCUAUGGCCAAGUCUAUGUUUCCGACGGCGCCAAUGCAACUCUUAUUGACUGUGUACUCGACAGUGGUGGUGCUUCCUUUGGUGGCGCCCUUGCCUUGAAUGCUACCGCUUAUGUAACACUCGAACGUAUUACCUUGACCAACAACACUGCAUCCAAUGUUGGAGGUGCCAUCUACGCAAACUCUGUCAAAUCUCUUGUUAUUCAAGACUCUGAACUAGCCAACAACCAAGCACAAUCUGUCGGCGGCGGUGGUGCCAUCUACGCCACAAAUUCACCUUCAGUGGCCAUUAGCAACACCGUCAUCGACUCUAACAAUGCCGCUGACGGUGCAGGUAUCACUUGUCAGCAAUCGUCUGUCUUUACACUCGAUACUGUAUCGUUCACCAACAAUACCGAUUCUGCUGCAGAUGCCACCCAAAUAUCUUGUCUUGGUAAUGGUUGUUUAGUUUCUGGCAAUUCAGGUUCAUGUAAUACAAAUGGAUCGCCAACCACAGGUGCUACUGGCAGUACUGGUGGUAGUACAACAGGCAGUACUGGUGGCAGUACAACAGGCGGUGCUGGUAGUACAACAGGCAGUGCUGGUAGUACUGGAGGAAGUACUAGUGGUGGUAGCAGUAAAGGAGGAGAGAAGAAAUUGACCACCGGUCAAAAAAUCGGUAUUGGUGCAGGUGCAGCUGCAGGAGUUGCUGCUAUUGCUGGUAUCAUUAUCGUUGUUGUAAUUAAAAAGCGUUCAGCUGCCUAUCAACCUAUUGUUUAA